AUGGCCGAAGAGCUGAAGAAUCCACCCGUCGAACAGGCAGAGGAACCCCUCUUCGACGCAACUCUCAAGAAGAAGAAGAAGAAGAAAGCCGUCGCAUUCGAUGAACUGGAUUCGCAGUUAGAAAGUACGGCCGAACAGCCCGCCUCAAUCGCCACUUCUAAGACCGAAGAGCCUGUCUCGAUCUUGAAGACGACCGAAACCGAGCCAAGUUCGAAAGCUCCCGAACCUGCUUCGACUGGCGACUUGGAAUUCAGCGAUCUCAAGCGGAAAAAGAAGAAGAAAACACUGGCAGAAGUCGAAGGUGGGAUCAAUAAAUCCGAAGCCAAGGAUGGCGAUCCCUCUGGUGCGGAGGGAGACGAGCCGCCUGAGGAUGGCCUCUUUGGCCAAGCAGAUGACGAGGCGAUCGGCGAGAGCGAAAAGAGUAAAGCUCAGGCGGCUGCGGAGAAAAAGGCCUGGUUGAAAGAGCCCGAUCGUGAUUACACUUAUGACGAGCUUCUGGGUCGUUUUUACCAAGCGCUCUACCUCUCUCAUCCUUCCUUGUCCGGUGGCGGAGCCAAGAAGCGUUACACACUUGCACCGCCUUCGGUUCACCGAGAGGGUAACAAACGCUCGAUUUGGGCGAACGUGGCCGAGAUUUGCAAAAAAAUGCAUCGACAACCGGAGCAUGUCAUCCAGUUCUUGUUUGCUGAAUUGGGUACCAGUGGAAGUGUUGACGGUAACGGCAACUUGGUCAUUAAAGGUCGCUUUCAACAAAAACAGAUCGAAAACGUUCUGCGUCGUUACAUUGUCGAGUAUGUGACGUGUAAGACAUGCAAAUCACCGGAUACGUUGUUGGAGAAAGACAACCGUCUGUAUUUCGUAACCUGCGAAUCAUGUGGCUCCAAGCGAUCAGUGUCAGCCAUCAAGACCGGUUUCUCCGCCCAAAUCGGGAAGAGAAAGGCUCAACGAACAAAUUAG